GCAGCCGUCUGUGUUUGCGCGCACUGCAGGUGUGACUCCAUCUGAAUGUGGGAACGUUGCCCACUCAUUCACAGCAGCUCCACACAGUCAGUCACGCCAGCUGCCUCCUCCUCACAGCCACACUCGAACAGCCCGAGAAGGCCUCCCUCCCUCACAUACCAGCCCGCCUCACCCCACGCUGGGCCGGCUGCUCCGGUCAGUGUCGACACAGCGUGAGAGAGGUGUCUGGCCGUCUGGCCCAUUUCCUAAAGAGGCACCUUGGGCACCCUCGAGGAAGACAAUGAAGUUUGAUGAUGUCCUGAACCGGAUCGGGGGCUUUGGCAGGUUCCAGAAAACCCUCUACAUCUGGAUUUGCCUGCCCCAGAUUCUGCUGGCGUUCCACAUGUUUGUGUCCAUCUUCACGAGCGCCGUGCCCCCUCACCUGUGCCUCUCCGCGUGGCCCCCGCCUGCUGCCCAGGAGCCCGGCCUCAGCUACAACUUCAGCCAGCUGGAGCUGGCCUGCUCGCCCGGGGGACCCGCUCACGCCCGGCCCAGCAACAGCAGCGGCUGCCAGGGCGGCUGGGAGUACGGCAAGGAGAUCUUCCACAGCACGGUGGUCACCGAGUGGGAUCUGGUUUGUGAAAAUGCUAGCUUGAACAACAUUGGAUCCUCUAUAUACAUGUCUGGGCUGCUGGUUGGUGCCGUGCUUUUUGGCGCUUUGGCAGAUAAAUACGGCCGACGCACCAUCAUUCUGGUUGGACUGGCCCUGCAAGCCGUAUUUGGAGUCGGUGCUGCGUUUGCUCCCACUUUCUACAUUUAUAUUGUGCUUCGCUUUGUGGUCGGGACAACCAUUUCCGCCGUCAUCAUGAAUGCAUUUGUAUUAGGCACUGAGUGGACGGGACUGAAGCACCGCAUGCUGGCUGGCAUCAUCACAGACUACUUUUUUGGGUUUGGGUACAUUCUGCUGGCAGGGGUGGCCUAUCUGAUACGAGACUGGCGGCACCUGCAGCUGGCCAUAUCUGCGCCUGGCUUCCUCUUCAUCUUUUACAUCUGGGUUCUGCCUAAGUCAGCUCGCUGGUUGAUGGCCAACCAGAAAAAUGAGGAAGCUUUGGACCUGAUCCGCAAAGCAGCUCUUGUUAAUGGGAAUCCGCUUACGAAUGACAUUGAACUUCAACAGGAACACAAAAGUGGCAAGCCAGUUGUGGAGCAGAGAAAGCACACCGUUAUUGAUCUUGUCCGCACUCCGAAAAUGAGAAGGCAGUCUCUCAUUGUGUUCUACCUGUGGUUUGUGAACGUGCUAGUUUAUUACGGCCUGUCUUUGAACAUCUCCGACUUUGGCAUAAACAUCUACCUCACGCAGUUCAUCUUUGGCCUGGUGGAGAUGCCAGCGCGGACCAUCACGCUCUUCACCCUCAACCGCUCCCGGCGGAUAUCUCAGCUGGCCUUCCUGACCGUUGGAGGCCUGGCCUGUCUGAUGACCAUCUUCAUCCCUGACGAUCUGUCCAUCAUAAGGACAGCCUUAGCCAUGGUUGGCAAAUUUGGAAUUACUGCCUCCCUGUCCAUCAUCUAUGUCUACUCAGCAGAGGUGUUCCCUACUGUUGUGAGGCAGAGUGGGAUAGGAAUGGGAUCCAUGUGCGCGCGGGCAGGUGGGGUCAUUGCCCCCAUCAUCUACCUCCUGAAGAGGCACAGCCAGAACGCGCCGAUGGUGGUGUUUGGCCUCUGCCCACUGGUGGGCGCUGCCCUCACCAUGCUGUUGCCAGAGACAGCCAACAAGGCCCUGCCCGACACCAUCGAGGAGGUUGAGGGCACCAUCGAGAGUGAAGAAAAGUUUGAGCCAUGAGAAAUGUGGAUACCAUCAACUGACUGGAAGUUCCAUGUGAAGGAACACUUCAUGGAAUGUGCCCUGGUGGAACCACUGGGAAAUGUUCAGACUAAAAAUCAUUUAUAUGUUAUGAUUUCAUGCAUGACGGAGAGGACCAUCCUGAGGAAGAUCCAUCAUCUGUUAUUUUCUGCACAGGGAUUUUCUGUUGUGGGAUUGGUCCACCAAAAUCCCCAAUUAACAUUUCUCAGUAGAGUUGUGUGUCUCUGCACACAGUAGAAAACAAGUUUCUCAUUUGAUAUAUUCUCCACCAGCCAUCCAGUGAAAAUGAUCUGGUAAGGACAUUGCUGGAGACAGAUCAUUUUGAUACUAUCUUUUGGAUAUUAAAACGUGUAACUUUUUAAACA